AUGGUGCAAUAUAAUCGCAAUGAAGGACCCUCGCAAGCAGAGCAGCUGCUUCGAGUCACUUCUGCCAUUGCUGCAGAGCUCAUCAAGGCUCACGACAAUAAUCAAUCAGUUUCAUUGAACGAGAUUCGUGCACGUCUUAGCAAGAAGUAUGGGUUGACAGGUGUACCGAGAUUAGUCGAUAUCAUCAGUGCUGUCCCCGAUGAUUACAAGAAAGCACUUCUUCCAAAACUCAAGGCACGACCAGUCCGAACAGCUAGUGGUAUUGCCGUGGUUGCUGUCAUGUGCAAGCCACACCGUUGUCCUCACAUCGCUAUGACCGGAAAUAUUUGCGUUUAUUGUCCGGGUGGCCCAGACUCUGACUUCGAUUACAGUACGCAGAGCUAUACAGGUUAUGAACCAACUAGUAUGCGCGCGAUCAGAGCGCGUUACGACCCCUACGAGCAGACUAGAGGACGGGUGGAACAAUUGAAGAGUUUAGGUCAUAGUGUCGAUAAGGUUGAAUUUAUCAUCAUGGGUGGUACUUUUAUGAGCAUGCCGGAGGACUACCGAGCGAAAUUCAUCGCGCAGCUGCAUAAUGCAUUGUCGGGGUUCACCGGCACGGAUGUCGAUGAAGCAGUGAGGUACUCCGAGCAGAGUAAAUCAAAAGCAAUCGGCAUCACAAUCGAGACACGACCUGAUUACUGUCUACGACCACACUUAAGCCAAAUGCUUCGAUACGGUUGCACACGUCUUGAAAUCGGAGUACAAUCCGUCUACGAGGACGUAGCCCGAGAUACGAACCGAGGCCACACCGUCCGCGCUGUCUCGGAAUCAUUCCAUCUUGCAAAAGAUGCCGGGUUCAAAGUCGUCGCACACAUGAUGCCCGACCUUCCAAAUGUCGGCAUCGAGCGUGACCUAGAGCAAUUCAAAGAAUAUUUCGAGAACCCGGCGUUCCGAAGUGACGGGCUCAAGAUCUACCCAACGCUCGUUAUUCGUGGGACAGGCUUGUAUGAACUUUGGCGAACAGGAAGAUAUAAGAAUUAUACACCGAACGUGCUUGUAGAUGUCGUUGCGAGGAUUUUGGCACUCGUUCCACCAUGGACGAGAGUAUAUCGAGUUCAAAGGGAUAUUCCUUUACCUCUUGUUACGAGUGGCUGCGAAAAUUCUGGUAAUCUACGCGAACUAGCUCUUAAUCGCAUGAAAGAUUUCGGUGCAGAGUGUCGUGAUGUUCGCUUCCGUGAAGUUGGCAUACACGAAAUUCAUCAUAAGGUUCGACCAGAAUCCGUCGAGCUCCUUCGACGCGACUACACAGCCAACGGAGGCUGGGAAACAUUCCUCUCAUACGAAGACCCGGAACGGGACAUCCUCGUCGGUCUCCUACGUCUUCGCAAAUGCUCCGACGAAGGGACUUUCCGUCCCGAACUCGUAAGGAGAGAAGGUGCAGAAGGAGGAAGUAGUAUCGUUCGCGAGCUACACGUAUACGGAACAGCAGUUCCUGUACACGGACGUGAUCCAUCAAAAUUCCAGCACCAGGGCUUCGGAACACUGUUGAUGGAGGAGGCGGAGCGUAUUGCUAGGGAAGAACACGGUAGUGUGAAGCUUGCGGUCAUUUCAGGUGUUGGGACAAGAGAUUAUUAUCGGAAGCUUGGAUAUGAGUUGGAUGGACCGUAUAUGAGCAAAUCGUUGUCAUGA